GCGUGUGUGUUUAACAUUCACAAUGAACAACAUCUCAUCGCUGACCCUUGAUUCUCACGCAAUAUGCAGCACUCAGCACCUCAUCUCCCUCCGCUAAGUUUGCCCCACUCGAAACAUCGUUGUAUGCUUCGCGAAGCCCGUCGCGCCUCCCCCACCAAGCUCGCUACUGCCGACACCUCUGGCAGCCUCAUCGGGGCGCUGAGCCAGGUCUUUGACUUGCUAGGUUGCCAGUGGGGCAACGAGGGAAAAGGGAAACUCGUCGACAUAUUGGCCCAGCACUUCGAAAUCAUUGCUCGCUGCCAGAUCAAUGGUUUCUCAUCGUUGAAUCUUACCAAGUUGGAUGUUUUAUCAUAUCUUGAAGAAAUACAGUUGGGUGUCUCUUACAAACUUGUUGAUGGCACUCCAAUCAAAUCAUUCCUUUCAGAUCUCCGUCUUCUUGAGCAACUGAAGGUGGAAUAUGAAGUACUUCCUGGAUGGAAAUAUGAUAUUUCUUCCAUAAGAAACUAUUCUGACCUUCCAAAAGCUGCAAGGCUGUAUGUGGAAAGGAUAGAAGAACUUGUGGGGGUCCCUAGUCACUACAUUGGUAUUGGGCCUGGAUGUGAUGCUCUCAUAUACAAAUGAGUCCACAUUGGAUUUGCAUGCCUCUGUAGAUAGUUAGGUGGAUAACUAUGGAGAACCUCAUGCUAGAGGAAGCUGAAGCACAAUGCUUUGAUAGGAUGUGACAUUGGAACAUGGGUUUUUGUAUUAUUUGUAUAAUAUUAUGAACAUGUUACUUUAUGUUAUUUCGCUACUUAACUUGUUUCCUUUUGUAAAAAAAUUGGAUGGCUUUGUUUUGGGCCAGAGAUGUUUUCAUACCCUUA